AUGGUUUUUUUAAUAAUCAAUUUAUCUGUGUUUGUCUAUGAAGCAAUUCUUUGUUCAGCAUUUGCUACAGGGAAUAAUUUGGAUGAUUUAAAGGUUAGACUUGGAAAAUACUGCAGUAUUUUACCUUAUUUUAAUCGUCGACAAGCUGAUUUUGAAACAUUCCUCAUGCCAUCCGAUUUCGCUGUAGCUUCAAAACUACAAGAUGAUGAUCAAAGUAUUGAUGACUGGGUGAUCUAUAACAGUGGCAAAUUUGAAGGUGAUAUGGACAUUGAUAUUACUGAUUUAUUAUAUACUGAUUCAAAUGAUGACAGUGAUGAGAGCAGUGCACUAAAGAACAAGUUCUACAAUGCAGUACGGAAUCGACAUCAGUUAUGGCCUAGUUCUAGAAUACCUUAUGCGUUGAGUAGUCAGUACAGUCCUUAUAGCCGUUCAGUGAUAGCUGCUGCAAUGGAGGAAUAUGCUAUGCGUACGUGCGUUCGCUGGGUACCACGAUCUAUUGAUGAUUAUGAUUACAUCUAUAUAGUUCCUGAUCGAGGAUGUUACUCAAUGGUUGGCAGAACUGGAGGCAAGCAAACGAUAUCACUCGGUACGGGCUGCAUUCAAAAGGGUAUUAUAAUGCAUGAACUAAUGCAUGCAGUUGGCUUUUUCCAUGAGCAGUCAAGAAAUGAUAGAGAUGACCACAUAUCGGUUUUAUGGGAAAAUAUACAACCUGGAAUGCAAGGUCAAUUUGAAAAGUACGAUCAUGGGAUCAUUGAUUCUCUAGGAAUUAGUUAUGAUUACGAUUCAAUUAUGCAUUAUGGACCGCGGGCUUUCAGUAGAAACGGUCAACCAACGUUGGUGCCGAAAAUUCCUGCUGUUAUUGGUCAACGACUACGCUUCAGCAAUCUAGAUUUGUUGAAAAUAAAUAAACUUUACGAUUGUCCACUCAGUGUGAAUGAGAUAGAAAUAGCUGCAGUGACACCAGUUUCUGAAAUUACAAAGCAGCAAAAACCCACAGAUGAACUUCCUCAUUUGAUGAUCAAUAAUUCAUGCAGAAACAUUCGAUCAGAUUGCGAGGAACUUUUUACUUAUGGAUGGUGCACAGGUAAUCCACGAUGGAUGAAACAUUAUUGUCCAAAAAGCUGCAAUUUAUGUAGCAAUAUUACAGUGCCUUCAUGCGUGGACCAGCGUCCAGACUGUUAUACACUCAUGCAAAAUGGUCACUGUGUGAUUUCUGAUGCAUUCAUGCAAUCAUUCUGUCCGAGAUCUUGUGGAUUCUGCAACUUAGUUACCACUAAUACAACUAAAAUUAUUUCGACAGAGUUGCCAAUACAGACUUACGCUCCAUUAACUACAACUGAAGCAGCUGAAAAGUUUCACAGAUCAAAACAGUCACUGGGGAAUACAUGGAGAAAAAUGAUCAACAACAAAUAUCUGAAAAUAAAAUCUACUGAAACUCAAUCAACAACAUGCACGGAUGGGAAACGUUUCUGCACACACUGGAAAAGUGCUGGACUAUGUGAGGGAUUAUUUCACAGUUAUAUGGUAGAAAAUUGCAGAAGAUCAUGUAAAAUAUGUAGUGAUGGAAAAGAUGAUAAAUUUCCUGAAUGA